AUGGCUGCGAUCAAGGCGAUAAACUCCAAGGCAGAGGUGGCCCGGGCCCAGGCGGCCUUGGCCGUCAAUAUAUGCGCCGCCCGAGGGCUGCAAGAUGCGCUACGUACCAACUUGGGGCCCAAAGGCACUCUAAAACUGCUUGUUUCUGGUGCAGGUGACAUCAAACUCACCAAAGAUGGCAAUGUGCUGCUCCAUGAGAUGGGCCUGCACCCUAGAAUAAUAGCUGAAGGAUUUGAAGCUGCCAAGAUAAAAGUACUUGAAGUUUUGGAAGAAGUUAAAAUUAACAAAGAGAUGAAAAGAGAAAUCCUCUUAGAUGUGGCUAAAACAUCUCUGCAAACUAAAGUUCAUGCUGAAUUGGCUGAUAUGUAAACAGCGGCUGUGGUGGAUUCUGUUUUGGCUAUUAAAAGACCCGGUUACCCUAUUGAUCUCUUCAUGGUAGAAAUUGUGGAGAUGAAGCAUAAAUCAGAAACAGAUACAAAGUUGAUCAGAGGAUUAGUUCUGGAUCAUGGUGCCCGUCAUCCAGAUAUGAAGAAGCGAGUAGAAGAUGUGUUUAUCCUUUCUUGCAAUGUGUCACUAGAAUGUGAAAAAACAGAGGUGAGCUCUGGUUUCUUUUAUAAUACUGCUGAAGAGAGAGAGAAACUGGCAAAAGCUGAAAGAAAAUUUAUUGAAGAUCGAGUACAAAAAAUUAUAGACCUGAAAGACAAAGUCUGUGCUCAGUCCAGUAAAGGAUUUGUUGUCAUUAAUCAAAAGGGGAUUGAUCCAUUUUCCUUAGAUACUCUUGCAAAACAUGGCAUAGUAGCUCUUCGCAGAGCAAAAAGAAGAAAUAUGGAAAGACCCUCUCUUGCUUGUGGUGGAAUGGCUGUGAAUUCUCCUGAAGGCCUCAGUAUAGAUUGUUUGGGGUAUGCUGGUCUUGUACAUGAGUGUUCAUUAGGUGAAGAAAAGUUCACUUUUAUCGAGGACUGUGUUAACCCUCGUUCUGUCACCUUGUUGGUUAAAGGACCAAAUAAGCAUACUCUCACCCAAAUCAAGGAUGCUCUAAGAGAUGGACUUCGUGCCAUCAAAAAUGCCAUUGAGGACGGUUGUGUGGUUCCCGGAGCAGGUGCAGUUGAAGUGGCUAUAGCUGAAGCUCUUGUUAAUUACAAACAUGGGAUAAAAGGAAGAGCUCAUCUUGGAGUACAAGCUUUUGCUGAUGCCUUACUCAUUAUUCCUAAGGUUCUUGCUCAGAGUUCUGGUUAUGACCUGCAGGAAACCCACGUAAAAGUUCAGGCUGAACAUUCAGAAUCAAAACAACCUGUUGGCAUAGACUUGAACACAGGUGAGCCAAUGUUAGCAGCAGAUGCAGGAAUUUGGGAUAAUUAUUGUGUGAAAAAACAGCUUCUUCACUCUUGCGCAGUGAUUGCCACCAACAUUCUCCUGGUUGAUGAAAUUAUGCAAGCCGGCCUGUCUUCUCUUAGAGGGUGAUUGAAGUUCAAAAUCAACUCUUCUGGAAGCUGAGAUUUAAGUACACCUUAUAUCCAACUACCAUUAUAUACUGAGCCAUUCUCAAGUUUUGCCCAAUAAAUGUAGUUUAUGUUUGUU